UUUCCCCGUGCUAUAUCUUCUUCGUCUCACUCGCUCUUUUCCCAUACUUCCCACUUCCCGUUACUGGAGGGAGCAAAAAAUAACAAAAAUGGCGAACGCAUGGCGAAGAGACAAACCCUCCUCCCUCUCUUCCCACAAAACCCUAAUUUCCCUCUCCUCCAUCUUCCUCAUCCUCUUCUUCAUCUUCCUCUUCUACCCUUCCACCUCAAACCCUAGCCGCAUCGCACCCUACAAAACCCUAGCCCACGCCCGUGGGAUCCGGCCCUACGAUUGCCUCGCCUCGCCGCAGGCGUCGCCCGUGUUCGCGAGCCUCGUGGAGGGCGUGCGAUACCCUUUCUUCUUCUCCCUCGCCGACUUCGGCGCCUUGCCGGAGAAGCCGCACAAGAACAUCGUGCGGAUGCUGAAGGGGAAGCCCUUCCGGCGCCCGGACAUAUCGGCGACGAUUCAGGAGCUGUUGGAAGGGAAGGAGAGGAGCCGUGGUGCGGUGGUGGUCGACGUGGGCGCGAAUGUGGGGAUGGCGUCUUUCGCGGCUGCCGCGAUGGGGUUCCGGGUGGUGGCGUUCGAGCCCGUGCUCGAGAACCUGCAGCGGAUCUGCGACGGGGUCUUCCUGAACCGAGCGGGGGAUCGGGUCACCGUGUAUGCGGCAGCCGCCUCGGAUCGGAUUGGGAACAUCACCUUCCAUAAGUUAGUCGGCCGUCUCGACAACAGUGCCAUCUCUGCGACCGGUGCGAAGCUUGCAUUCAAGUCCAAUGAAGAGAUCGCUAUUGAGGUCCCAACAAUCCCUUUGGAUGAAGUAAUUCCUGAUUCAGAACGGGUUUUACUGAUCAAAAUUGAUGUUCAAGGUUGGGAAUACCAUGUACUACGAGGGGCCUCGCAGCUUCUAUCCAGGAGAAAAGCUGAAGCCCCCUACCUAAUAUACGAGGAGGACGAGCGGCUUCUGCAGGCAAGCAACAGUAGCUCACAAGAAAUAAGGACUUUCCUUCAAAG